AGGUGAGAGAUUCAACUGACUUGCCACUAAACAGAGGCAGUAUUUUUGUAAUGUACUAUUAAAUUGAUUAAGUAACCAGUAGUCUAAAAACAAAAAAAAGCGAUGUGCGCGUCGGCUUAUCUGAGAAUUGCACCAGAUAAAGUGCGGGAUCGUAAAGUCUUUCGGGGAUUGCAGGUUACGCACUCAAAGAGUUCACUUUGACGUCCAUGAACGAGCGCGAUACUCCUCAGCUUCAGCACGGCCACCAUGAGACUCGUAUUUCCCAACCCGGGACUGGAUGACAGGAUCCUUUCUCAUGAAGAUCUGGACAGGAUGGAGGAGGAGGAGGAGGCCGGUGACAGGCCCAAGUGGGACAACAAGGCCCAGUACAUUCUCACCUGUGUGGGCUUCUGCAUUGGGAUCGGCAAUGUGUGGCGAUUCCCUUACUUGUGUCAAACGCACGGAGGAGGGGCCUUUUUGAUUCCCUACCUGAUCCUGCUGGUGCUGGAGGGAAUGCCUCUCCUACUGAUGGAGUUCGCCAUCGGCCAGCGUCUCAGGAAAGGCAGCGUUGGAGUGUGGAGAGCCAUCAACCCGUAUCUGACUGGCAUUGGUGUAGCCUCCAUGCUGGUUUCCUUAUUGGUUGGACUUUACUACAACACCUUAAUAGCCUGGAUCCUGUGGUAUCUCUUUAAUUCCUUUCAAGACCCACUGCCUUGGACCCAGUGUCCUCUCAAUGACAAUAGGACAGGAUUUGUACCAGAGUGUCAACGGAGCUCCACUGUGGAUUACUACUUUUACAGAGUGACUCUGAACAGUUCGGCCUCCAUAGGCGACUCUGGGGGGGUCCACUGGCCCAUAGUGCUCUGCCUGCUAACGGCCUGGACUGUCAUGUGUGUCUGUUACAUACGGGGCAUCGGCACUUCAGGCAAGGCGGUGUACGUCACGGCCAUCCUGCCCUACAUCGUGUUGGCCAUCUUCCUGAUCCGAGGACUGACUCUUAAAGGCUCUUUGAGUGGAAUAAAGUUCCUCUUCACACCAGACGUGGACGAGUUGAUGGAACCAACCACUUGGCUGGAUGCAGGUGCCCAGGUCUUUUAUGCCUUUAGCCUCGCUUGGGGGGGCCUCAUCUCCUUCUCAAGCUACAACCCUGUUCACAACAAUUGUGUGCAAGAUGCUGUGAUCUUGACAGCGAUAACUGGCUUCACCUCAAUCUACGCUGCCACAGUCACCUACUCCAUCAUCGGCUUCAGAGCCACAGAAAAAUAUGACAACUGCAUCAGUGAUAACAUCAUCUCCUUGUUAAACACAUUUGACCUUCCUGAGGACAACAUCACUGCCGGCGACUACGAGGCGGCCCUCAAUCGUCUCAACAGCUCAUCCCCGGAGACGGUUCUCGGGUUGGACCUCAAAACCUGUGACAUGCAGACACUUCUCAGUGAGGGAGUGGAGGGGACGGGCCUGGCCUUCAUUGUGUUCACAGAGGCAAUAACCAAGAUGCCCGGAUCUCCGGCCUGGUCUGUGCUCUUCUUCGUCAUGCUUCUCUGCUUGGGAGUCUCCACCCUGUUCGGCAACAUAGAGGGAGUGGUGGUCCCGCUGAAAGAUCUGAAAUUGCUACCACAAAAAUGGCCCCAAGAAGCACUGACUGGAGUGACAUGUGCCGUUGCCUUCAUCAUCUGUUUCCUGUUUGCACAGAAUUCAGGGAUUUAUUGGGUAACGCUCUUUGACAAUUUUGCUGGGUCAGUUCCACUUCUCACUAUUGGAUUGUUUGAGAUGAUAGCUGUUGUUUACAUCUACGGCAUUGACAGGUUCAAUGAGGACUUAGUGUUCAUGGUCGGCUAUAAGCCCGGCAUCUUCUGGCAGGUCACAUGGAGGUUCGUCAGUCCGCUGAUCGUUCUGGGGAUUCUGAUAUUCUACAUGGUGACACAAACCCAAAAAAAGCUCACCUACUUAGUCUGGGAUCCCGAAUCUGAGGUUUUCCCAGCUCUGGCAUCAGUGCCGUACCCUUCGUGGAUCAAUGCAGUAGUCUUUCUUUUAGCGGGAGUCCCAAGUCUGGCAGUUCCUGUGUAUGCAUUAUGUAGGUUGGUCUUUGUUUACUGCAAGAAAAAAUAAAGGGAUUG